AUGAUGCACAAUGAUCUAGAACCUGGCAAGACCAAGAAGAAGGAUUGCCUGCAGCAUGCCAUGUGGACCUUGGCCACAUCGCGCUCGAGCCAAUUCCAAGUUUACGAGUGCAAGCUGUACGCCAAGACAAGACAACUGUUUCAGGCAUUUGAACCCGAAGAAACGUGCCAUCACUUAUGCUCGGAGCUGGCGCAAGCAUGGACCCUGCUGGCCAUUUACGAGCUUACGUGUCAAGACUUCCAUAGGGGUCUGAUGUCGGCAGGAAGGGCCUUUCGGUUGAUCCAGAUGAUGAGGCUCUAUGAGUUGGACGCGCCGCAAACAACGCCCAACAUGCAGCUCGAGCAGUGUCCAGGGAUUGUCCAUCUGCAGGACCCGGUGCAGGAAGAUUGGAUCGAUCUGGAAAGCAAGAGACGAACGUUUUGGCUUGCCUAUACCAUUGAUCGGUUCACAAGCAUGGUCGAUGGACUGCACAUGUUCUUCGACGAGCAUCUGAUCCGCACUCGCCUGCCGGCUUCCGAGGUCAAUUUCGUCAACGGUCUUUCCACGAAUAUGCGUUUUCUUGCAGACGUCAUUUCCGGUGAUGACAUUCGGUGUACGGACGGCGAUCUCUCGCCAUUUGCGGAGAGUGCCAUUGCGGCUGCCAUCUGUGGACGGGUGUUGGAACACAAACAGAAACCUCCAUCUAAGCUGCAGGACUUUUGUAGUCGACAUCGUUCACUUUACGCAUUGCUAGGACAACGCAUAGAUUUGCUGCAAAUCUAUGCUUCACUGGAGUACCCAGAUCCCCUCAUUGCCUUUGCUACUCUGGGGGCACAUGUGUCUGUGCUGAUGCUCUACGAGCUUGCAGAAUCCAGACCCUUGGGCAGUGAGGCACAGGGAAUGCGGCUGACACAGGCGCUCUCUGCCGAGCACAAGCAGCAGUCACUGGAUGCGGUGGACGAUGCGGCUCUAGUCGUCACAGUGCUUGGUCAGCAUUUCCAGGUGCAUCCCUUGACCCCCAUCUUGCUGCUUUUGGGUGGUCGAUUCUCCCAGUCCCAUCCCGGGUUCAAUAAUGCCUAUGUGAAACUCAUACCAGGUAUCAUGACGACACUGCAGGCCUUUUACGGGUUGAACAAGGUUGCUGAAGAUUUUAUCGAGCUCUUGAAGUCCGGGAACGAAAAGUACAACUACUUUUCUCAGACUGAAGUGCCAAUGUCGAUGCAAUGA